AUGGGAUAACAGAUGAUCAGAGAAGAUUCAUACGGCUGACCUUUAUCCUUUUUAUAUUCUUGCUUCUCUGCUUGUUGACCGUGGCCUGCCUCGUUGGGGUAAACUAUUUCAAAGUCAGAGGAGAAAUAUCGGAGAUCAUGAAGAAUGUCUCAGACAUUCAAGGAACUUUUAAAGAGGAGCAGCACACUCUUGAAAGGAACAUAAAAGACAUAAAUCGAACUUCUGUUCAGGAAACCAUGAAGAUUGAAUUAGAGAGUCUAAGGGGUCAAGUGAGAGACCUCAACCGAACACUGGUUAAUCAGCAACAAAGUCUCAUGACACACAUCCAAAGUAUUAAAAAGGUCCUAGGUGAUACUUGUAUUACCUGCCCCCCUGAUUGGAAGCUUGUUGGAUACACUUGUUACUUUUUCUCCUCUGAGCCCAAGACUUGGAGCAAUGCACGAAACGAAUGCAACAUGCGUAGCUCUGCCCUCCUUAUCAUGAAAAAUAUACAAGAACUGAACGCUUUACAGUCACUAACGGGAAAUAAGAAAUUCUGGAUUGGUUUGAAGAGAGACAAUACCAAAAACUGGAAGUGGGUAGAUGGAACCCUUCCGACAUUCACGCGCUGGAUGGCCAAUGAGCCCAAUAAUUUUGAAGGCCGUGAGCAUUGUGGUGAGAUGGUGUCAGGAUUCUGGAAUGACCUGGACUGCAACAACGUUAUCGACUAUAUCUGCAAAGGAGUCCCUAACUGCUGAGACUGCACAGCAUAUGGUUUAUUGGAAGAGACAUUUCAAUUCUGUUGAAGCUCAAUGAAGGCCACAUGAUGGAAAAAGAAAUCAUGAUAUGCCCUUGAGAAAAAAUAUAUAA